UUUAAACCCAAUUUACUUCCUUGUUUGAUAUAGAAAAUGAAAGCUCAUGUUACUUCCGCAUCUGGUAAAGUUAAAAUGUUCUGAUGAAUGUUUGCACAAAUAUACAUAUGAAUGGAGACGUUUUAACAUUUUUCAAGUCAUACGGAGUCAUAACGUGCGUAAAACAGUUCUUUUAGUAUCAGCAAUUCAAAGCUAAUAGUGAGUGUAUGGAUACACAUGUAAAAUUAUAAAAUGUUUUGCUGGUAUUGGAUUCAAGUUUAUGUAUUGGCAGUCUAUAUUAUACGUUUAUGUGAUGGAGAAUGCCCUAGUGGGAAAACAGAUGAAUCUUAUGGACUGAGUUGCGCGGAGGAAUUCGCUAUACAUAUUCAAAAUGUAACAGAUUAUUCAAAGGGGGCGCUCACUGGUAGAUUAUAUUGCAAAGGAAAUAUUGAACCAAGCUUUAGAUUAAAACAAAGCAAUGGAAGACGCUUUUAUAACGAUACGUUCUAUCCAAGUGACACCUCUUGUAAGCUUUGUAAUUUCCCAGGAGCAUGUUAUCCGUAUAGAGAAAUAUGCUAUAAGUGUUACGAAUCUGUCCAGGAAUUAUCAGGUAAUACAAUAGAAAUAGACUGUGAUAUGACAAAAUCAAUCAACAUAAAACUCGUAAUACACAAGCAAAACAAAACAGAAACUACAAAGGAUUAUUGCAAAGAGGAAAAUGAGAACCGUCUCAAUGACAUAAAAUCUAUGUGUAAUGAGAGAAAUCGAUGUCGUCCUAUAGCUUCACCAACCAAUCCAUUAACAGGCUGUAGAGGGGAUAAUAAAUAUGAGCAGAUAUUGUUCGAGUGCAGUACGAGACAAAACAAACACACAACUGUAACAGUUCCAUCCACUAAUCAUGACCCAACAACAAAGGAACAAACAUUAACAAUUCCCGGUUUAAGUCCUACAAAGCCUUUAAAUCUAUCUAUACGGACAACAACAACGACGCCUACCACAACCACUGCCAAAAAAUCGACUAUUUCUCCUGUCACAAAAGAUGUUCAAAAUGAGGUGACGGAUCAAGUUGGGAAAGUUAAACCUGCAGUGUCACAAACAACAAUGAUCGUUCUUAUUGCGGUUGGGGUGGUUAUUAUUAUGGUGGUGAUAUUAGUAACUGUAUGUGUAUAUAAGAUAAAAAGAAACAGAGCACAAAGAAGAGAUCAACAUUCACAACCAGACAAGAUGAAUGAAGAAAAGGACCAAAUUAUAGAGAUGUUUCCACUUGUAUUGAACAAAAAUUAUGAGAAUACUGACCAACCGGAUCUCAUUCCAAAUGAGUUGUAUGGCAUUGGAAAAGAUGGAAAUCGCGAUAGUCUGAAUGAUAAAGGUGAAUAUACAUAUGUGGGAAAGGAGCCUGUUAAUGAGAGUGUAUAUUGUGUUGAAACAUAUGGAAAAGGUCUACCUACUACUAGAGAAGAUGCUGUCUAUGCAUUUCCAAGCAGGAAUUCCAUAAAUUCCAAACAAGACGACGAUGGCAACCAACCAGCAAGCACAGAUAGGCCUAAUCAAAUAAACAGUGAUGCAAAUCCAUAUUAUGCCUCACCAUUAGAUGUGGACCAAUCUAGUGUCAGUGUAGGGCAUAUUGACACACCCGGUGACUAUAAUGAACUUCAACUGGGAACAAAGAAACCACGUAAAGGAAACCCCAGUGAUGAAAGCUACUUUCAUAUAGGUAUGGUCAGAAAUAAUGAUGAGGAUAUGCACUACAAUACCCCUAUGGAGAUGAGUGAUACAAAUGUUGACAGAAAUCUGAGAGAAAAUAGAGACCAAAGUCAGACUCCAUUUGAGCAUAACGGUCCAUAUUCCUACGUGUCCACGCGAGGUAGUAACAAUAAUGUUAAGGAUAAUACACAUCACAUUAAAGAUAAUAUUAACGAUCUUAGCCAAAUGUAUGCACAAGUGGAUAAAACUAAAAAAUGAAACGUAAUUCUGUUUACUCAGAAAUGUUAAUGGCUUCCAAAUUGGAGUGCCAUGUUAUUUUGAGGAACAUAUAACUCAUUCCAUACUUGGUCCAGGUUACAUCUUUCAGUUUUGCACAAAUAGUACACACACGUACCUUAAUUAUUUAGUGCGGUGAAUGAUUUUCUACGCUGUAUGAAUAUUUGGAGAAUUCAGCGACCUACUUUUCAAAAGUACAAAAAUACAGGUCACUGAGUUUUCUCCUUUUUACGUAUUAUAAAGAAUAUAGAGGCCUGUUACCUCUUAACUAAUAAUCGAGUAGGUAACCAUUAAACUUUCUAAACACACGGACUACCCUAAACUUGUACAACAUAAAUAUACUAUAUCUUAUUCUCCCUUUGCAUAUUGUUUGAUAAAAUAGUUAAGCUUAUGUAGCCAUUUGUGUGAUUUCUCGCUUAAUGACUCAUUUCGGUCAAAUCCAAAGUCAGAAAGCACAUUAAAUGUUAUCCAAACCGUAUGAAACAAUAUAUAGCAAGUGCGAUAAAAAGCGAAGGGAGUAAUGAUGCAUGAUCAACACGUCACAGGCCAGGGCUUAAAAUUAAAUCAGACAAUAACUUUGAGGUAUUCGUAAAUCAUUUUAAAUGCUAACUUAUUUCUGUUGAAAAAUAUUCUGUAUGCUAAUUCAAUAGCCUGAAAGAUCUCUACAUUUAUUUUCAACCACUUUUUAUCAGUUAAGAGAGACUCAGCUCAAAUAUGGAAUAAAUAUAUUCAAACGCAGAGGAAAUUGUUUUAGGAGUAAUUUUUUCAAUAUAAUUACUAUUUAAAAUAAUUGGCAUAUACUUAGGAAAUGUUUCAUUAUCUCACAAUAUACAUAUUAUCUGUAAAUGAAGUCGAUUAUUAAGUCUAUUAGUUUUCACCACACUGACGUAUCCAUCCACAUUAAAAAUGUGAUGGGGGUUCGUUGGUAACACUGUAAAUAGUUUGUUAAAACAACAAAUUCUUUACAUUUGUUGUAAUAUUGAAGCUUUAACGAAAUUGAAUUGUAGAGUAUAUAUCCUUAAAAAGGUCCCAAGGUACACUUG